AUGUUCUUGUUAUUACUGUUGCAACAACAUCAACAACAAUAUGUUACAACAUUAGCUCAGACAACAUUACCAGAGAAUACUCUAUUAUCUACAUCAUUAUACAAUGGCUAUGCACUAAUUGGUGCCAAUCCCAACUCACGUAUGCCCUACGUAACCUUCCUCAAGAAGUCAAAUAUAUCAAUACCAUACUCUAGUUAUAAUCAAUAUAUUAUUACACAGAUACUUAGUUCACCGAUGCAACAAUUUGGCGCAACUGUUGCAGUUGGUCCUGGAACAAUCAAUAAUGAAUCAAUCAUUAUUGGUGCAAUUGGAUCACCAACAGAGAACGCCGUUUAUAUAUUCAAUCUGGACGAUUGUUCCAAUAAGAACUACUGUGACGAGUUGUUCUCCUUUCAACCACCAACAGCUUAUGCAUCGACAGUUCAACAUCAUAAUACAAUCUCAAAGCCAAAGCCCAAGCCUGCGGCCAAUGCGACUGCCGCCACAUGCCAAAUGGGCAAUCAAAUAGCCGUCGGACCAAACUUUGUCAUCAGCUCAUGUCAGAACAAUCUCAUGACCAAGAAUGCAACCUACGCUCCACUUGUAAUAUGCUUCCUUGAUCUCGAUAGUAAUCCAACCAAUUGUUCAUCAUUGGAUUAUUGGGAUGAUCAAUUCAAUCCUUGUCAAACGGCACGUGGACAAUUGUAUGUGACUGCACUGGAUCUAGACGGUCCAAUCGUCACAUUCUCCUACUGCGCCGUCUGCAUGAUGCCCACCAACACGACGCGACUCUCUGUACAAUACGUCAGCGCCUUUGUAGUUCUAAACAUUACCAGUCCAACCGACAUCACCUUGUUAAACACUGUGUACAAUUACAACAGGACAAAUAACUAUAUUGCCAUGGGCUAUAAUGAAGAGUCUGGCGUGGACUUAUUCUACAGCAUCAAUGGCACGUUUAAGUACGCAUACUUUGAUCGCAUUGUUGAACCGACGACAAGCGGCUUUGGAUCAGUGCUCGACUUGAACAACAACCUGCUGGUGGUGUCGGCGCCCGGCUCGCCCACCCAGCAACAGGCGGGAGCCGUCUACUUUUACGAGAUAUUCGACGGCGUCAACGGCACGCCCACCAGCGUAAACAUCCAGGCGUCCAUCCCCAGCCUCAACUACCGCACCACCUACAGCUACGGCUUUGUAACAACAUUCUCGGGCAGCGAGCUGAUGCUCGUCUCAAUGGACCAGAGCAUGGUCAACUACGACUUUGACGCAUACUCUGUGUGUCCAACCGGCCAGCAAUGGUACUCUGCGCUGGAAGAGUGCGCCCAGUGUCCCACAGGCCAAUACAAGAGCGUGAGCAACCCGGCUGCCAGCUCCUCGUUUGAGCUGUGCUUCCUCUGUCCGGGCGGCUACUACUCGGGCAACAACACGGGCAUCACAUCGAUCGAUGCCUGCCAGUCAUUCUAUCCCCAGUGCAAUGAGACGUCACAGUUUUGUCCAUACGGCAGUGUGUGGCCCAUCGACAACAUACCCGUUCAGUACGUGUCGACAUCCAUUCCCAACCCGAUCGAGACCGACACGCUGGACUUUGAGAGCACGUUCUAUAAUUCAUAUCCUUGGUUCCUCGUGCUGCUUGGAUUCCUUUUGAUCAUGACGGUGGCCGUCUGUUUGCCGUGGCCGCGCUUCCAAACCUUCCAGACCAACCUAGUCACUUUCCUGUUAAAGUUCAACUUUUACGAUUGGACUGGCGCCGAGGCCACCGAGGAGGAGGACUACAUCGAGAAGGCCGAGGGUCCAAUCAUGGGCAUCAACUCAAAUGUUGGCGCGGGUAGCCAGCGCUACAAGACCGGAAUAUUUAUUAGAAAGAGAAGGACCAAGAUCAAGCCGACCAAGGCUGUCGAGAGUUUCUGCACACUGUAUCUACUGCUGAUGCUUGGUCUGAUGAUCCUCUUCCUUAUCCAGUUCCAAAAGGUCAACAAAGACAUCAGUCUUGAACUACGUGCCUAUGGUCAAGCAUCCACAGACCUCGGACUCAAAGAGCGAUACACCGAGGCACAGUACCUAAAGUUCAUUGACUCUAGUCCACUACAGAUAACCAUUGACAUUUUUGGUUACACUGGCAAUUGUACACAAGAUGAGUUGUUGCUCACUGUAACUGGAUGUCAAACAACCAAUUAUAUGGGCGAGUGCAAGUACAUACUCACAUCUCAAACAUUGGCCUAUCAAUCAAAUGUAUCAGAAGUGGAGGACAAUGUGGCCGCAUGUAGAUUCCAAGCAACGUUCAAUCAAGGUUUGGAACUGAGCGACACGUCCACAUUCUCAUUUGCAAUCACACCAUUCUUCAACUACUUCUAUGCACAGAGGAUCAUUUACAAUGUGUCAACGCUCAACAAUGACUCAUUCAUCAACAAUGGAAACUCCUAUGUCAGUGGAGUUGUCCAACCUCAAGUCCACACAGUCCUCCGUCCAGAGGCAACAGUAUCAGUCCUUUCAAUGAUAACAUUUAUGACAUCUUGUAAGAUACAUUCAUCGAAUAAUGACUUUACAUUGGUUAGACCUAUGGUGGAGAAGUGUUUGUUUGAUAAGAAGAGUUAUAAGGACUACAGCUUCAUAUCAAACUCAACAUCAUACUUGGAGCCCAAUCAAUUCCACGAGUCACCCUCGUCAUUCACGUUCAAGAUCAACAUUGAAAAGAGUGUGUUCUUUAGAUAUGUGACCUACUCCUACUCUGUAUCAUUUGGACAGAUUGUCACUGGUGUAAUGUUUGCAAUGCUCGAUAUCUUUUGGAUAUUGGAUGUGUUUGUACCGGUCAUUCAGUACUUUGUUAAGCGAGUUGACAAGCUGAUACGAAACAACAAACGAAAGGAGUACGAUGAGAUCGGACACAAGGUAGUCGUCAACGAGAUGGAACCAUUGGUAAUCAAGUGA